AUGGGCAGGCAUAGAGGGAAGAGCAAGAAACUGAACGACGAAUCCGACGAAGACGGCAGCGUCGGCGGCGAGGAGGUGUCCGUGUCCCCCACACCGCCCAAGACGAAGAGGAGGAGGGGAAGGCCGGCUCAGAAGCCUCUCACGGCGGACGACGGCACCGACGGCGUGGAAGCAGAGGAGGACAAGGACGCCGGCGAGGUCGAGGAGGAGGACGCAGACGACGUCCCCAAACCCGCUCUCGCUGUGCGGCGAGCAGGCAACGACGACGACGACGCCAAGGGCUCGACGGCUGAGACCGGAGCCGCCAAGAAGCGGCGGCGCCGGCGGGCCCGGGUGAAGCGCGGCUCCGACGACGACCUGGUGGGAGAGGACGGCGUCGGGGAUGGGCGCGUGAGGGCCAAGUCCAGUGGGUUCCGCCCCAAUGGAAGCCGCCGGAAGAGCACUCCCCGGCGAGCCGCCGAGGCUGGAGUGGACUGCAAGUGA